CUGUGUAGUGUCAAGUGUCAAGUAAAAUAUUAUCUAUCUAAGUAAAUCUUUGCAUCUAUGCUAUUGCCAUUGUUUUCUGUUUUGACUUGAAGAAAGUGAGUGAAACUUGAAAACAAAACUCGUAUUCCUACAUUUUUAUUGGUUAAUUUUUAUAGACAAUGUUAGGCCUAUUUCUUACACCAUUAUUAUAGGCUACUGUUAUUGAUCAACUUAAGGUGUCUUCUACAAGAACUGAGACAGCAUGAUUGAAAUCACAGCUAAACUUAUCGGUGGUCCAGUUUAUUUACCAGGUGAAAACGUUGGUUGCUAUAUAACCUUUACAAACCCUCCUCUUCCUGCUCACAUCCGCUCAAGAAGCAAUAGGGAUACUCUUGAAUCACUGGCCUGGGCAUCUGCCCAAAUUCAUUGUUUAUGUUCUACUAAUGGGAAAGUACCUCUACCAUCAAAAACUCCAUAUUUACCUGAAGAAAAGGUUGUUUCAAAUUCAGACACAUCAUAUGCUCCAUGUAGGGGAGAUAGAGGCAGGAUAGUUUUGUCUACAACCCCAAAGAUUUUGUUCUGUGACCUGAAGCUGGCCCCAGGGGAAAGCAAAUCUUACUUCUAUUCCCAGGGUUUACCCUUGGAAGCUCUCCCCUCGUACACAGGCCAGUUGGUGAAGUACUCGUACAAGAUUACCAUUGGUACACAGAGGGUUCCGUUGCAGUCGCCUGGAAGCGUCUCUAUUCCACCCCCUGUCAAACUGUUGCGGGUUCCACUUCGGGUGUUGGAUGUUAGUGGAGUGCCAGAGGACCGAGGACUGUGUGAGGACAGUGAAGACCUGUCUCCUAGCAACCCUUUCUUGGAGAGCACUGCCAAGGACCAUGAGCAGGAUCCAACAAUCCAGCUGCUUCAGAAUAUAACCGCUCGCAGAAAUCCAAACUUCUACAAUAUUACCAACAGUAAGGGUAAAGUAGCUCGUUUUUGCUUGUUCAAACAAGCCUAUAAGUUAGGCGAGGACAUCAUUGGCACCUUUGAUUUUUCUGGAGCAACAGUCCCCUGUGUACAGUUCACUGUGACACUACAAUCAGAAGAGGUGAUAGGUGAAGAGUACAAGGCUGAUGCCAAGCAGAUGCGAGCGAUUGUUUCAUUCAGCAACUGCCACGAGGUGUGCCUCAGCAUGAAGCAGUGUUUGCUGAACCUGCCAAUACCUUUGCAUGCUACACCCACCUUCUCAACCAGACUAGUGUCACUGAGGUGGAGACUUCACUUUGAGUUUGUCACUACACAGCCAGAUUCGGUGUUCCGUCUACCACCAGACAGCAGCACCUGGCAAGGCCCUGGCCUCCUCACCAUAGAAACCAUGAUAUGGGACUUGCCCAUACAGAUAUAUCCGUCCUUACCUACGCCUGAACCCCAGACCAACACCCAAUACUCACAGCUUGUAUAGUAGACUACUUGUUGUGUAUAACGUUUUGUUUAUAAAUAUUUAAUAAAUAACCAAUAAAUACUU